CCAUGACCCACGGGGUAGACGUAUCUUACGAGGCCGUUGAAGACUUUUCGUCUUGCUUUCUUGCGAUCGGUGUUUUUUCCGUUCUCUUCUUCUGUGUCUUUCUUGCGAUCGUCAGAAGACUGUCUCCCGAUGAAGAUGAUAUUGAAGCUGGUCCUUCUGCUUCGUUUGCUUCUGAAGACGAAGACGAGUUUGCUGCUUCUGAAGACGACCGAGACAGAGACAGAGGAGAAGAAGAAGAAGAAGAAGAAGAAGAAGACAAAGACGACAAUGCUUCUACGGAGGCUCUCUACGGAUCUUCACGGGAGCAUUCUGAAGACGAACUCGAAGUUCUUGAACUCCCACUUCCUCUUGUCCCAAUACUUCCCCAAGACUUCCCAUUCCCAUACAAUAGGGAAUGUGGGAUUUGUUUUGGGGAAUUCGUCCCCGAAGAUCCUCUAGCCAACAUCCCUUGCCAGCAUGCGUUUCACCUGGCGUGUCUGAGCGAUUUGGUUAGAUGUCCCUUGUGUAGACGCUGAUUCUAGACAAACCCCUCAAGGCCUCAACGAUACUUAAUUAUAAUCAAUGGUCAAAAUGCUGUCAUGGCUCUAUGCUCAGGUUUAAUGGGUGCCCUUCUCCCUCAGCCACGAAUUCUGAUGGCAAUGGCUAGGGAUGGCCUGCUACCUUGUAUUUUUUCACACGUUAAUAGACGCACACAGGUUCCGGUUAAAGCAACCGUGGCAACUGGGUUGUGUGCUGCAACCUUAUCGUUCUUUAGGGAUGUGUCGCAGCUUGCAGGGAUGCAGGUGAGUGUUGGGACACUUCUGGCAUUUACAAUGGUGGCGGUAUCAGUGUUGAUACUCAGAUAUGUUCCUCCAGAUGAGCUACCUAUUCCGUCAUCUCUUCAAGAGAGGAUUGAUUCUGUUUCCUUCUUACGUGGUGAAAAGAAGUCAUCCGGUCAUGCAGGCACUUCCAAUAGCAGCCAACAACCUCUAAUUGUCAAAAGUGAUGCGUCGGUCGAUUUCCCGGUUAUCAAGAAUCAAGAAGUUCUAGGGUGUUGGGUCAGCGAAGAAAACAGAAGGAUGGCCGCUGGAUGGAGCAUUUUUCGACGUGAUUUUUUUGUUUAUUGAUUGAUUGGUAUUGUCUUUGGUUUUUUUACAUAUACUUUAAACGAUGUCUUCUUCUACAUUGACAACUAGUAUCAUCUUUAAUAUUCAUCUUAUAUUAUCCCA